GUCGGAUUGAGUUAAAGGGCCAAGUCUCCAAAGAGCCUCGCGGUGGGAGGUCAUGCAGCCAGGGCCUCCAGCUGGGAUGGAGCCUUGGCAGGGUGUCGACUGGACCGUCAUUGUGCUGACAUGUCAGUACAAGCACAGUGUCUAUGCCUUUCAGAAAGAGCUGGAGGUGCGGCAGAAGCGGGAGCAGGUGCCGCGGCGAACCAUCCUGCUCACAGUGGAAGAUCCUGAGGCCCAAGUGGGCAGUGGGGGAGCCACACUAAAUGCCCUCCUGGUGGCUGCAGAGCACCUGAGUGCCCAGGCGGGCUACACGGUGGUCACUUCUGACGUCCUGCAUUCUGCCCGGAUACUUAUCAUGCACAUGGGCCGAGACUUCCCCUUUGACGACUGUGGCCGAGCUUUCACAUGCCUCCCGCUGGUGGACCCCACAGCUCGAGUGGAGUCUCUCACCUGUAACCUGGAUGUGCUGCUAUACAUCAUGACCCACAAGCUGGGCCGUGGCUCCCCGCCAGGUGUAUGGGUCUGCAGCACAGACAUGAUUCUCUCUAUUCCCACAAGCCCAGAGGUCUGCUGGGAUGACUUCCGAGGAGCCAGGGUGUUCUCUCUGCCUGGUAGUGUGACCUAUGCCCAGGACCAUGGGGUCUACCUCACUGACUCCCAGGGCUUGGUCUGUAACAUUUUCUACCGGGGCUCAGAGGUCCAGAUCCAGCAGUGCGUGAGACCCGAUGGGAAAGUGCCGCUGGUCUCCGGGAUCGUUUUCUUCUCUGUGGAAAUUGCUGAGCGACUCCUGGCCACUCACGUCUCACCACCGCUAGACGCCUGCACCUACAUGGGCCUGGACUCUGGUGCCCAGCCUUUCCAGCUGUCCCUAUUCUUUGACAUUUUGCUGUGCAUGGCACGGGAUGUGAACCAUGAGAGCUUUCUGGCUGAGAUGGGUCAGGGCGACAUGGACCAAACGAGGGGCCAACGGAAUGCACGGGCCGUGCUGUGGAAGGAGCUCCGGGACCAGCCUCUUAGCCUUGCAUACAUCCCAGACGGUACCUACGAGUACAUGACCUCAUCGGCCAGUGCCCACCUCCGCAGCCUGACGCUCCCCCGGCACCUCUUUGCCCAAAUUGUACACUCUCAGGUGGAGAAGCCUCAGUUCUUAGAAGCCGGCUGCUCUGUGGUCAAUAGUCUGUUGGAGGGAGAGGUUCGCCUGGGCCCUGGGAGUGUGAUUCAACAUUGCCAACUCCAGGGUCCCAUCCACAUUGGCCCUGGGUGCCUCCUGCUCGGGCUGGACAGAGCUUCUUCCAGCGCCCUCCGUGGCUUGGCGCUGCACGACGUCAUCCUCCAAGGACAUCACAUCCAGCUGCAGAACACCUCCGUCCGGGUGUUCACUCUCAUUGGGCGCCGAGACGACUGGCAGAGCCCAGCGCUGGGGAAGGGCACGUAUCUCAAUGUGCCCUGGACUGAGUUCUUCCAGAGGACAGGCAUCCGGGAUGGCGACAUAUGGGACACGGAUGCCCCACCAGGAGAGCGCUGCCUUCUCACCGCUCGGCUCUUCCCGGUCUUCUUUGCCUCCCGGUCCCCAGACCCACAGGAUGUGCUCUGGCUGCUGGGGUCCAGAGGUGGAGACUCCCUCCAGGCGUGGAGAGCCGCCUGGCGCAUGUCCUGGAAGCAGGUUCAGCUCCACCUGGACCAGGUUGCCACGCUGGCUUCUCGCCGGACCCUCUUCUUCCAGCAGGCCCAGGGGAAGGUGCGGCGUGUGCUGGAGGGGCGUCAGGACCAGAGCCUGCUGCCGCUGAUCAGGGCUGCCACCCAUGAGGGGUGCCAUGGGCUGCUGCUGACGACACUGGACCAGGUUGCAGCUCAGGCUGAAGAUCCCGGUGUGGCCGCCCGGGCCUUGGCCUGUGUAGCUGAUGUACUGGGUUGCAUGGCCGGGGGCCGUGGAGGGCUUCGAAGUGGACCCGCAGCCAACCAGGAGUGGGCCCUGGCCUUCCAGCACCUGGAGAGAGGGGAUGUGGCUAGGGGCGUGGAAGAGCUUGCCCGUGAGAGGACCAAGUGGCUCGGCAGGCCAGCCCUGCUCGUGAGAGCUGCUCGGCAUUAUGAAGGAGCCGAGCAGAUCCUUAUCCGCCAGGCAGUGAUGUCUGCCUGUCGCUUUGUCACCACGGAGCCAGUUGAACCCCCACCUCGGGGGCACUGGGUGGUGGUGGAGUGCCCAGCCAGGGUGGACUUCUCCGGUGGCUGGAGUGAUACUCCGCCCAUCACCUAUGAGCAUGGAGGAGCCGUGGUGGACCUGGCCGUGCUGGUGGAUGGGCGGAGGCCCAUCGGGGCCAGGGCACGUCGAAUCACUCAGCCCGAGCUGCGGCUGUCAAUAGGGACCCGUGUGGGUGAAGUGUUCACAGAGCUUGUGUGCCAGAGCCUGGAGGACCUGCAGGAUUACUGUCAGCCUCACGCGCCAGGGGCUCUGCUGAAGGCAGCUUUCAUCUGUGCCCAGAUUGUGCAGCUCCCCUCCCCAGAGUCCCUGCAGACCCAGCUUCACCAUGGCUUUGGGGGUGGCUUCGAGCUGCACACGUGGUCUGACCUGCCUCAUGGCUCUGGCCUGGGCACAAGUAGCAUCCUGGCAGGGGCAGUGCUGGCGGCCUUGCAUCGGGCAGUGGGUAGAGCAGUGGACACUCACGCCUUGAUCCAUGCUGUGCUACAUUUGGAGCAGAUGCUUACCACGGGAGGUGGCUGGCAAGACCAGGUGGGUGGCCUCGUACCAGGCAUAAAGAUAGGGCGAUCAAGGCCUCAGCUGCCAUUGAAGGUGGAGGUGGAAGAGAUUUCGGUGCCUACAGACUUUAUACAGACUCUCAAUGAGCACCUACUUCUAGUGUACACAGGCAAGACCCGCUUGGCACGGAACUUGCUUCAGGAUGUACUGAGGAACUGGUAUGCCCGGCUGCCUGCCGUAGUGGACAAUGCCCAAGCUUUGAUGAGAAAUGCUGAGGAAUGUGCUCAGGCCUUCAGCCAAGGGAGCCUGCCCCUUCUGGGCCGGUGUCUGAGUCGGUACUGGGGACAGAAGAAGUGUAUGGCUCCUGGCUGUGAACCCCAGGCCGUGCGGCGCAUGAUGGACGCCCUGAAGCCCUAUGUGCAUGGCCAAAGCCUGGCGGGGGCUGGCGGCGGCGGUUUCCUCUACUUGUUGACUAAAGAACCCCGGCAGAAAGAGGUCCUCGAGGGAGUGCUGGCCAAGACAGAGGGUUUGGAGAACUACAGCAUCCACCUGGUGGAGGUGGACACCCAGGGCUUCAGCCUGCAGCUGCUGGCCAGUGACACUUCUGCCUGACGGCUCCUCGACUCCCAGGCCCCGUUCCAGCCAGACACAGUUGUAAUGCCAGGCAGGGAAGAGCCCGAACUUUGUGCCCAGUGAGCCCCGGCUUUUUUACUUUCCUCAUAGGAAGAGGCAAACACCAUUCUCUUUUGUUUCUCUCUGGGAGCCAGAGCAAGAAUUGUUGGGACUUGAGAUGGCAAGCAGCCUAUUCUUUGAGGAAUGGCAAGGCGUUUGGGAUUUCCCAGUCCCAGCAGACAUUAACAUGGUCUCUAUCUCAGCCUCACUCAUCUCAUCCUCCUGUCAUGGUGGCCUAGGCUCAGAGCCCCAAGGGCCUACCUUGCUGGUCGGUGAUCACGAGUGAUCAACCCCACUGUUCUACCGAUGUGAGGAGGGGGACGUAACGUGGAACUGAGGGGAAUCAAUGAGAACAGGCCAUCCCUCCCCUAGGUUAUGCUGCUAAUUCUGUCAACUCAUUUCUACAAAUUGGGUACACUGACAUUUACUUGGGGUUUUGUUGGACUUUAGCACCACUGGGCCCACUGUCCUCUGGUGCUUCUCUGGCACAAAUGGAUCAGGAGUUGAAAGAAAGCGUGCAGCUCACGUAGAGCAGCGUUCUCAUUUUGCAGAUGAAGCUGAGGUCCCCAGGUCACACAAGACCACUGCCUGCUGACAGCAGUCCAGACUAGCCACCUGACAUACUGACCCAGAAACCAAACCAAUCGUCCCCUCGUGCACCUGAUUUCCCACACCAAGCGGCCCUGUGAAUCUCAGUCUUUCCUUUCUGCCUUCUCCAGGGCCCCUUCCAUAGGAGGCUGGCUCUGUCUUGGGGACUCUAGGACACAAUUCUAAUUUUCUGCACACCUUGGCCCAAUUGUAGCAAGCAUACUAGGGAGUUUAUUUCCCUUCUGGGCUGGGUAAACCAAAGGAAGCCAGACUUCCCUCCCACCAAGCUUCAGAGAACUACUAAUGAAGUAGCAACUCCACCAGCAGGUGAAGGAGUAGGGAGCAGCGCCGUGGUCAUUUUGGGCACAGGGAGGCUGGGGUAUCCAUGAGGCUGACUCACUUCAUGCCAGCCACGAGUGUGGUGACAUACUGUCUUCACCACACCCAAUUCUCUAGCCUGGGGCCUGGAGCUAGAGGGGGUGCCGAACAAAGUCAUUGCAAAUUCAGGUUUUAACAAAUGAAUGUUGAGUCAUAUGUUCUAAAAAGGACACACGAGUCACCUGCACAAGCUACUGCCAGAACCAGGCCUUUCAGGUUGUGAUUUUUAGUGGCAAUAAACUGAUCAUUCUUUAGUA